CCAAGUGUGAUGGUCUGCAACUGAAUCCAUUUGGCCAACGCCACCCUUGUAUUUCUGCUGGAGAAGGAAUGCCGCUAACAAUUGUCUUUCUUUCUUUGCUGAAAUUCCCAUUGACCCAUUUCUCCAUUUUGUCCUUUCUUUCCAUUUUCUAGGACUUAGCUUUCUCCUUUUCUUCCCUUCUGUUUGUAGUAUCAUCUUAUAUUUCCUUGUAUUAAGCUGAUGCCAUAAAAAAGAAUUGAGCAGUCUUUCCAGGAUGGCGGUCAGCUUCAAAUACUGGGAUGACUGCAUUGAUCCCCAGAACAUGGAAGAAAUGUGGAAACAACCCGAAGUGAGAACAGAGUGGAUAGAUGCUGGGGAGACUCAAGGCCAAAGAGUUCACUUAUCAAGGGAUCCUGAAGGACAGUCUUAUUUGACACAAACAGAGAUGAGGGCUGUGGCUGAAAUCGUUACCCGCAUACAUUUUCAUUCACAGAUAGAUCCAGAGAUGAUUUGUGCUAUUGCAGACCUUGAAAGUGACAGGCGGCCUCUUUCCAUUCGAUAUGAUAAGAAAAGCAAGGUAACUACUAUAGGGAUCAUGCAAAUUGCGCCAAAAACAGCAGAGUGGAUGUUCAGGGAAUGUGAUUAUUCAUCAUACCCAGUCGAAGAGGAUCCAAAUAUUCUAUACAGGCCUUUUGUAAAUGUAUAUUUUGGUGCAGCUUACCUUCAAUGGUUAUCAAAAUUCGAUGAUGAAGAUAGAACUGAAGAGUUUAUCGUGAGGGCAUAUAGGGGUGGUACAAAAAAAGCAAGUCAUAAAUCAACCCUGCCGUAUUGGAAGCGUUAUCUUUCAGUGAAAGAAAGUUUUCUAUCCAGAAAACAUUUUGAUGGUCCUUCGCCGACUCAAGCACCAACUUCACCAACUUCACCAGUUUCACCAGUCUCACCAUGCUCAGGGGUUGGCCUAAAUUGGGACGUUAGAGUUUCCUCUGAAGACAUGGAACAGAUGUGGAAUCAUCCUGAUGUCUCCAAGGAGUGGACCAAAUCUAAAGAAAGAAGGGGAAAAGUGCGCUUUUCCUAUGAUAAAGAGAAGAAGCCAUAUCUUUCUCGAAUAGAACUGAAGGCAAUUGCAGAAAUAAUUGUUUCCAAGUACUUCAGUACCAGGGGAAUCAAACCUACAGUACUUUGUGCUCUGGCUGAGAUGGUUAGCAUGCACUUUGUAGAUGGGAUUGAAGCACGAGCUGGAAUAAUGGGAAUUGACUACUCUACAGCCUUCUGGCUUUACACAGAGGUGGGCUACAGGGCUUAUCGAGUUGAUUAUGUGGAAGAUUUGACCAAACCAUUUGUGUCCAUGUAUUUCGGUGCGGCAUAUUUUGCUUGGUUAUCAGAGUAUGAAGGGAGGGAAAGGACUCCACAAUUUGUGGUUCAGGCUUACCUUGCUGGACCAAAGAAUGUAAAUCUUCAAGAGACAGGUCCGAUGUGGCUUAAAUUUGAGCAAGUUUUGAGCAGUUACGAACCCAGAAAAAGGAAUCAAGAGAGCUGCACCAUCUUAUAACCUGACAGAUAUCAGCUGGUCACCAAUGUUUGGAUGGUUCUCCAGGGACCAUUGUUAAAGUUGUGUGAAAAUGAAAUGCAUUAUGAAUUAGAAGAUUGGUAUAAACACCAAAUACAUGUGUAAAUGCUGUUACACAGCACAGCAGAUGAAUUAUUGACACGUUUGAGCGACCAUUAUUAUGUUAAUACACUGUAAGUCUCACUGGAGAGGAGUCCCUUUUUACCUGUGCAUGUUGAACAAAAAUGUAAUUGCCUAUAUACAUAACAUAAC